GGGCUAGUGUUAGAGCAAGGGUUGGGUUUAGCUGCAGGAAAGCGUCUGGAUGGCUGGGAGGAGGAUUAGCCAUAUUUGGUUUGAGGCAGAAUGUGAGUCUGGGGCCGCAGGGUCAAAUGUUACGCUUGUUUAAUUUGCAGAGACAUGCAGCUUGGUGAAGUUGAUGAAGCAGACGGGGUUAGGGUUGGCGGAGUGGACAGGAAUGGAAAGAAUAACUCAAAGUUAGUGUGACUGUCAAUGAGCAGGGACAAUAGCCAGAUUGGCCAGCGCCGGAAAAGAGGUUUCUCUAGGGGACAGCUGGUCGUCAUCCUGAGUCCACCAAUGGGGAUGUCUAAGUCGUAUUAUCUCUGUACUGGGAGAGUAGCGACUUGCACGAUGAUUUCAUGCAUCAAGAUAUAACUUGGUCUCAUUACUUUCAGUAUAAUGAGGGAUAUUCUGUUUGGUUCAAAAUUAGUAGUGGGUUUCAUGAAUGGAUAGUCAUUUGUUUGCUCCGCCCUCUUUGAUGCCAAUGCACUCGCUCGGAUUGUUUAUACUACACAAACCAGAGCGUCAUAUUGCCCGCCCCUAGUCCACUACACACUCCACUCACAGGCGUCCAGAGUUUCAUCAGAAAGGAGCUGAACACAGAGCAAGCAGAAGUAUCUCUCUCGACGGUAGAUCUGAGCAAGCUCCUGUGACGCGACCAGAGAUCUGUGCAGCUCCUCUCUUACCUGCCUCCACCAGCUCCACCUCACACGCCGAGCCACGCAACCCACUGUCUCCAUCAUGACCGACAAGAUGGCAUCCCUGGGCCGCGCUCUGCUGCGCCGCCGGGUGCUGGACUUCUCUGGAGAGGAGACCCGGUUUGCCCGCUGCCUGUCCACGCUGGACCUGGUGGCUCUGGGCGUGGGCUCCACGCUGGGGGCGGGCGUGUACGUGCUGGCGGGGGAGGUGGCGCGCGAGAAGGCGGGGCCGGCCAUCGUGCUGUGCUUCCUCAUCGCCGCCCUGUCCUCCAUGCUGGCGGGACUCUGCUACGCUGAGUUUGGCGCCCGCGUGCCCAAGACGGGCUCGGCGUACCUCUACAGCUACGUGACGGUGGGAGAGAUCUGGGCCUUCAUCACGGGCUGGAACCUCAUCCUCUCCUACGUCAUCGGAACGGCCAGUGUGGCCCGAGCGUGGAGCUCCACCUUCGACAACCUGGUGGAACAGAAGAUCUCUGGGUUUUUCCAAGCUUCCAUGGCCAUGAAGGUUCCUGGCAAGGUUCUAGCAGAGUACCCCGACAUUUUCGCCCUGGUCCUGGUGCUGCUUCUCACUGGACUGCUGGCGUUUGGCGUGAGCGAGUCGGCGCUGGUCAACAAGAUUUUCACCGGCGUGAACCUAGUGGUCCUGGGGUUCGUCAUCAUCUCUGGGUUUGUUAAAGGAGACUCCGCUAACUGGAACCUGACCUUGGAGGACUACCUCCACACCUACUCCAACGGCACCAACGAAUCAACACCGUCACAGGAGACGGUGGAGAAGGUGUUUGGUGAAGGAGGCUUCGCUCCGUUCGGUCUCAGCGGCAUCUUGUCUGGAGCUGCCACCUGCUUCUACGCCUUUGUGGGCUUCGACUGCAUAGCCACCACCAGCGAGGAGGCCAAGAACCCCAUGCGCGACAUCCCAGUGGGCAUUGUGGCGUCGCUGCUCAUCUGCUUCUUCGCGUACUUCGGCGUGUCGGCGGCCCUGACCCUGAUGAUGCCCUACUACCUGCUGAACACCCAGAGCCCCCUCCCCGAGGCCUUCAGCUACGUGGGCUGGAGCCCCGCCCGCUACAUCGUGGCCGUGGGCUCGCUCUGCGCCCUCUCCACCAGUCUGCUGGGCUCCAUGUUCCCCAUGCCCAGAGUCAUCUACGCCAUGGCGGAGGACGGACUGCUGUUCAGGGCUCUGUCUCGCAUGAACGAGCGCACCAAGACUCCCCUCAUGGCUACCAUUGUCUCUGGCUGCGUGGCAGCUCUGAUGGCCUUCCUGUUUGACCUGGCUGCUCUGGUGGACCUCAUGUCUAUAGGGACUCUCCUGGCCUACUCUCUGGUGGCCAUCUGCGUCCUCAUCCUCAGGUACCAGCCAGGCAGCCUGAACUCAUCCAGCCAGACGGAGAAGCUGGUGGAACUGGUGGGCGGGGAGAAGGUGGCGGCGGGUGGGGACAGUGGUGACGAGUAUGAGGACCAGCCAGUCAGGGAGAGUUUCUCUCCUCGCUUGCUGUUUUUCCCGAGUGGAAACACGCCCACACAGACCUCUGGAACCAUCGUCUACGCCACCACAGCAGUCAUCUCGGUCUUGAUCACGGUUCUGUGUGUGGUUCUGGCAAACCAGCUGUCUGCGCUGGUGGAGGCCCAGCCUGCUUGGCUGGCUGUGUGUGUGGUUCUGGUGCUGCUGUGUGGCCUGUGUGUCAUCAUCAUCUGGAGACAGCCUCAGAGCAGGGAGGCCCUCACCUUCAAGGUGCCCCUGUUGCCAUGGCUGCCAGUAUUCAGUGUGUUCGUUAACGUGUACCUCAUGAUGCAGCUGGACAUGGGAACCUGGAUCCGCUUCUCUGUCUGGAUGGCCAUAGGAUUCCUCAUCUACUUCUUCUAUGGUCUGCAACACAGCAGUGCAGCGUCCGGCUCCUCCCCCUCCCUGAAUAAGAGUCCUAUCUACCUGGCAGGCUCGGCUGAAGACAGUGAUGCAGAGGGGGGCAGGUCUUAAGAAGGGUUCAGAAUCAGUUGUGCGUAUUUUUGGGGUGUGUGGAUGGGAGUGUGCGUGCGCAUGUUUUGGAAGUGUUGGGGUUGAGGGGGAGGUGGGGCUGGCCUAGAAGGAAGGGGAGCUCCCGGUCCCUAACAGGGGUCAUCGACUUGAUAUUCAUCAGUCCCCUCUAAACUGUAAUCUGCUGCAGCUUACCAAAUGCAAAUGUCUGUGUGAGUGUGGUGUCUGUCUGGGUUUGGUUGGGGCUUCAACAUGUUAUUUAGAUACCCCUGUCUUAGGUGCCCCUGGUCCCUUAUGAUGUUCACAGAAUGUGACAAAACAGGUUGUCUGUUUUGAAAAGAAUGCAUCGAGUUUGGGGUAACCCUGGUGUUAGGGCUAUGGAUAGGGCAGGGGUCGGCAACCCUUGACCACUUAUGUGGCUCCAACAACAUUUUAGGAUUAGUUAUACAAUGUAUAGUAAAUCAAACCUAAUAUAGUCGCAGAUGGGGUUUUGGGAUUCAACCAUAGCAAGUCCAACGAGCAUCAUGGGCCUUUAAGAAUGUACAGAUUUUAUGCAGAAGCGUAAACGGGUGAUAAGACUUUUGUGCCAUCCAACUCUACCAGUGGAGCCUAGCCUAGCCUGUAUAGACAUAAACAAAAACAAGUGAAUCAAGUGGUGUUUGAAUCAUGUUUAAAUGGCCAAAAGCAACACAAAGAAUAGGCUGACUUAUGCAAUCUCAGUUAACACGUUCGGUUGCCAUUAUGUUUUGAUCUGCAGUGAGAAGUUCUCCUAGAAUCAAAAAACCUAGCAUUAAGAGAAGAUUAAGAUGAAAAAUGGCUCAACAUCAAAAAAGUUGCCGACCCUAGGGUUAGGGCUAACCCUAGGGUCAGGGCUAUGGCUACAGCUAACCCUAAUUUAUUGCGUUGUGAGCGCUACUGUCUAGACACGCAUCAAUUGUUCGUUUGGGAGUUUUCCUGUGAAAAUAAACCUUUUUCACAAACAUUUUUAGUUUCCAUUGAAACUUGUUGGCAGCUUUGUCUGUUGAGCUCCCAGCACCUUCAGUUCUGUGGAGUCACUGCUCUGUAGACCAGUCUAUUUUGUCUUUAAUUUGGAAUUUGUGUUUUGUAUGUCAUGCCUUCCAAAUAAUUUUUAAUUCAGUACUGUAAUGUGCUUUAUAGAUGUACAUCUGUGUAUUGUUGUCUCCAUGGUGUUUCUGUGUAAAAUCGUUUCCAUGGCAUCACCAAACGAUUGGUCUGUUUGGCCCCUUGAUGCUGCUAGACCAAAUGAGCGUGCUGAUUGGUUAAACUAAGAAUGACCUCUAAAAGUUGGUCUCUAAAUGAAAUGUACAUUUGUGCUCAGACACAAGUCGGUGGUUGUAUUUAUAUAUUUUUAAAUUUUUAUUUGUUAUCUUUUUCUUAUGACUGUAGUGCCGUUUUUACUAUAGAUGUACAGUUUCUGUUCAUUGCUAGAUGAUUGUAUCUAACCCGUGUGUGUACAUGCUAGUGUAUGUAGAUUACUGGAGGCCUGUGCUUCUUGGUGUUUAAUCUGACUCCUGGUAGACGGGGUAGACAGACAGGGAGAGACGGGGUAGACAGACAGGGAGAGACGGGGUAGACAGACAGGGAGAGACGGGGUAGACAGACAGGGAGAGACGGGGUAGACAGACAGGGAGAGACGGUCAGGUGGCAGGGGGAGACAGACGGUGAGAGACAGACAGGGAGCCUAUGGCAUGUUCCUACAGGCCAUUUGAGUCUCUGGUGACUGAAAACAGCCGCUGUUUAAUACAGGGUCCCCAGCUCCAUGUGUACCGUGUCUAAGACAAGCCACCAUGCUAUUACAUCAUCAAUGCUAACAAUCAUCACAUUCAUGUUUGUCCUCAGUUUUAUAUGCUGUCUGUAAAUAUGGACAUCAUGUAUAUGAAUGAGUAGUAUUUUCAAAAUGUUUUAUAAAAGUAUUUACAAAUUCA